CUCUCCGCUGUCAAAUCAUUUGCGCCGAGGACGUGUGGAUGUGCGGUACGCUGUGUCACCGUGGCGCAGGGCAGGACGGUCGCCACUCCUUCAGGGACCCGCUUUAUCACGGCGUCAGCUGUCCGCCUGUUCACCGGUGGGAACCUGCCCAGAGCCAGGACGUUUAACAAGCCACUAUCAAUAGACAUUUUCUCCACUUAACUCACAUCAUUGGGCUGGUCCUCCAGAGUCCGGCUCUACUUCGCCUACUGAUGCCAGUUGAACAGGCUGUUUUGUAAACGCUGAUUAAUUUUGGGAGUAUCUGGAGCUGCAGUUUUAUUGAUUUGACAUCGGAUAUAAGUCGGAUCGAAGAUGGGGAUCCAAGUGUAGUGCUGACAGGAAUGCCCCAGACUGUGUGCUCAGGCACCAUGUUCACCACUCCUAGUGGCUUCAGCCCUCAUCUGGCCUGUGCUGAGCCUGAGGAGGAGGCCCCACAGGAGGGCCCGGGGCCCGGGGCUUGCCUGGCUGAUGGGCCCCCGAUCACCUCCGCCUCCUUGGAGACCCUGAUCCAUAACCUGGUCCCCACUGCCGAUUACUACCCCGAGAAAGCCUAUGUGUUUACCUUCUUGCUGAGCGCUCGUCUGUUCAUCCCUCCUCCGGAACUGCUGGCCAGGGUGUGUGAGCUGUGCAUCAAACAGCAGCAGCUGGAUCAGAGCCCACUCGAUACGGCAAAAGUGCGCAAGUUUGGUCCCAAGAUUCUGCAGCUGCUGACAGAGUGGACAGAGACAUUCCCUUCUGACUUCAGGGACGAGAAGAUGGUCGGACACCUUAAAGACAUCGUCCACAGGAUAGCGCCAUGUGAUGAGGCCUACUGGAAAACCCUGAACCAGGUGCUGCAGAAGCUUAGCCAGAGGCUGGCCCUGAUGAGCCAGGGGGAAGAGAGCAUUGUCAAAGUCUCCCUCAACGCCUCCUCCAUCUCUGAUAAGCUGGUGGCCUUCAAAACCAAGCCUCCGCCCAUCCAGAAGGACAUGCUCUCCAUCUGCAACGACCCUUACACAUUGGCACAGCAGCUCACCCACGUGGAGCUGGAACAUUUGAGACAUAUCGGUCCGGAGGAGUUUGUCCAAGCCUUUGUUCAGAAAGACCCGCUAGAUGGAACCCAGCCAUGCUUCAGUGACCAGAAGAAGAAAACCUCCAACUUGGAGGCUUAUGUCAGGUGGUUCAACAGACUGUGUUACCUGGUAGCUACUGAGAUCUGCAUGCCAGCAAAGAAGAAGCAGAGGGCCCAGGUGAUAGAGUUCUUCAUCGAUGUUGCGAGGGAGUGUUUCAACAUUGGAAACUUCAACUCCCUUAUGGCCAUCAUCUCUGGUAUGAACAUGAGUCCCGUGUCACGGCUGAAGAAGACUUGGGGCAAAGCCAAAACUGCCAAGUUCUUUAUUCUCGAGCAUCAGAUGGAUCCUACGGGAAACUUUUACAACUACAGGACGGCCCUGAGGGGGGCCGCCCAUCGCUCUCAGACUGCCAACAGCAACAGAGAAAGGAUUGUGAUCCCCUUCUUCAGUCUGCUGAUCAAAGACAUUUACUUCCUGAAUGAAGGGUGUGCCAACCGGCUGCCCAAUGGCCACGUCAACUUUGAGAAAUUUGUGGAGUUGGCACGGCAGGUUGGGGAGUUCAUGACAUGGAAACAAGUGGAGUGUCCAUUUGAGGAGGAUCGGGCCAUCCUGCACUACCUCCACACUGCUCCCAUCUUCAGCGAGGACGGACUUUACCUUGCGUCCUACGAGAGCGAAAGUCCAGAGAACCAGGUAGAGAAGGACAGGUGGAAAGCACUCAGGUCUAAUGUUCUGGGAAAGACAUGAGGGUCUGAUGGCAGCUAAGCCUCCCACCAGCGACGGAGCGUGCGUUCUCAUUGCACUAAAAUGAACUGUGAAGGAACCUAGCUGGUACUUAGGUGUUUUUAUAUGAAGAAAUGGUGGAGAGAGAGAGAGAACAAAAAAGAAACACGAUGAACAGGAUUCAUCAAGAAGAGUGUAAAAAAAAAAAAAGGACAAAAAGAACAAAUGACAUAAACAAAAGUUAAGUGAAAAAGUUAAGCUAUGGAAAUUGGAGCAAAAUGCCUUUGCAGAAUAUUAGCUAUGAGUGAUGAGGUAGAGUAUGCUGGAGAGGGAUACGGCCUCUCCUUCCCCCUUCCCUCAAUGUGUGUUUACUCUGUGAAGAUAUGUUUACUACUAUAGAGAGUACAGUUACAGGGAAAACCACUUUAUAAAAUGAAAUUCCUACUGAUGCUAUCGUUGUUUUUGUAUUUGCUCUUUCUCUUCCCCUUAGGUCCAAAGCCUUGUCUAGGUACUUAAUUUUACUUUUUUUCCUUUUACUUGUAAUGUACUGUAACUUACAAUGAUGUGAAGGGCGCUGGCUAGCCCGUAUCCACUGUCAAAUUUUAUAGGUCUACUGAAGGAACGGCAACUGUGUGUAUCUGGGAAGACAGACGAGGACAUGCCUUGAGCAUUUUACCAGUUCAUCUCAUGUGUACUUGUAUGUGUGUGAGUGUUUGUGAUGCACUCAUGUCUGUUCAGAUUGUCACUCUUGUCUUGUUUUGCAUGAGAAUGACUGGAGAAGCCGGUUUAUUGGUCAUCUCUUCUUGUGUUUUUAUUUAUUGUAUUUUAUUUUGGGAAAGUGUUAAAUGGGGAAGAUGAACUGUUUAAAAAAAACUGUUUACUCCUUUUUUUUUAAAUGUAUUGUGCCAUUAAUGCAAGACAACUACAGUAUAGCUUAACAGUCACAACAGGAGCCAGGCCAGGUGUAGAUUGUGUACAGGUGACAUUUACCCUUCAUCUUUCUGCUCUCCAGGAAGUUUUCUCUGACUGACGUUCAGUUGUCUGAUAUAUUUAUGGAGAUUUCUGUGCUGACAGAUGUAUAGUUUUUAUUGUAACUUUCCUUUACUGAAUAUGAACUCCAAUGGCAUGCUACAACAAGUGUUUUUAAAGGGGCAUUAAGCAUAUCCACCUUGUAAAGAUUACUACUGCAACACAAACUUUGUAGUCGUGAUGCAUUGUUGCAUUCUGUGGAAGGACAAUGAUGACUCUGAGACUUUUGUCUUUCUAUAUAGUGAAGAGGGAAACUUGUGCCAUAUGAAUCACUGAUUGUUAUGACAAUUCAGGUUCCUCUGACUUGAAAUGUGUUGUUUAUUGUUCUGUGGGAUUGUCACUGAACUUAGUUUUUUAACAACUUUGUCGUGAUUCGGGAGCCAUUUUUUGUGGGUGGGUGGUGGAGGGAGAGGAGGUGUUAUAGGGAAGGGGUCGGGAACUGUGUAAUUAUAAGUCUUAUUCAGUUUGCUAUAAUUGAUUGAUGUCAGUGUUUCCUCUUAAGAAGCACCUUUCCCUCUCAAUAACAGACUGAUCUAAUUCUCCCUCCUCAUUUGUCAUCAAUAAACUUGCUUUCCCUGUAACACGUUCCCCGGCUAAGUUAGGAUUAUUAGAGAGCCAGAGAUGUGAAGUCAAACCUGCCAUUUAAAGUGAAGACAUGUUUUAAUAAAACAUUGCCUGUGUUAAACAUGCGUAUUCAGUGACAAUCACAUACAUUACAUCGGUUCUGCUCUUUUUAACAGUGUCACUGCAUUGCCAACUUUGUGUGCAGUUCAAGGAGUAGAGUGUAUUCAGUGUUUUUCAUGGUGAUUGAGGCCAAGCAGACACACUUUAGCCUUCAACAUCACUGCAAGAUGUGUGACUGGUUCCUGAAAAGCCUUUAAUAAAAGUGAGCCAUGCUUA